AAGUGGAACUGGCACGAGUUUUGCGGACAUGAUGAAAAUUUCACAGUAUGGAGUGGGAAUGAUUUCGGUCAUUGUUUUGAGAAGUGUGCUUUUAUAUUACCACCAUUAGUAUUAUUGUGUAUACUAAGUUCAUAUUAUAUAGCCAGACGACAAUUACGUUUUGCACAAGCAGAUGUAUAUGUGGAAUGGUUUUGGUUUUUAAGAUUAAGAUUUUUCAUGACUGUGUUGUUGAUACUGACACCAGUGGUAGAAAUACUCUUGACAAUAUUUUUGUUUAAAAUCACACCGAGUUGGGCUGAUUAUGUGGUGUGUGGACUCUCUAUUUUUACGUGGUUUGUACAUACCGUGUACGUGUGGCAUCUGCGAUAUAUCCAUAAUGUGUCUGUACGUGGACCUAGUCUAGUUAUUUGUGUUUAUUUGUUGACACUUGUUUCAUUAGCAGUACAUCUGAGAUCUGUGAUAUAUCAACAUGUUGAACAUUCAGCCAACCUGAAUUCUGCUGAGGAAUAUGUCAGCUAUACUAAACUUGGAAUUCAAUUAAUUUAUCUGCUGACUUUAUUCCCUAAAAGAGAUCGAAUUUACAGAACAGAACUGUUUGCUGGCAGUAUUAAUUAUGAUGCAACAGACACAGAACAGGUUACAUGGGAUCAUAUUCGUAGUUAUGGUUCUGUCAACAUAUCAGAACCUUCAGUAGAACUUAUUGAAGCCGAGUAUGAUGCCAACUGCUUUUCUAAGCUCUCAUUUUAUUGGUUGCGUGGAAUGUUCAGAAAAGGAGCUAUGGGCAAACUGAGAAGUGGCACUGACUUGUACAGACUCCCAAAAAGACUGAAUUCAUCGAAAAUUGAUAAAAAAUUUAAACAUGUUCUCAAUGGCUACUCUUCAGAUGGGGAGGUAGAUUUAGACAAUAAUGUAUCUCGUGGAAGUACGACUGGAUAUUCUUCACUUCUGCACGAUUCCUCUAUUCAAAUUAUGGAUCCUGGUAGAUAUAGGCGAGUUGAAAAACCCAAAACAUUAUUCAAAGCUUUAAAUUCAGCUUUUGGCUGUGAAUAUUAUACAUUAGGAAUUCUGAAAUUAGUGGCAGACGGUUUAGGAUUUGCUGGCCCGAUUCUUCUGAACUUUUUAGUUUCAUACAUUGAAAACAAAAAUGAACCUGAAUAUCAUGGAUAUAUCUAUGCAUGUGGAUUACUUCUGAGCACAUUUUUAGGAACAAUCUUUUCCACGCAAUUUGACUACCAUGUGAAAAAUGUUGGGUUUAAAAUGCGUUGUGCUAUUAUUACUACAGUGUAUCAAAAAACCUUAUCAGUGAAUACUGUCAACAUGUCAAAGUUCAGUACAGGUCAAAUUGUCAACUUCAUGAGCACAGAUACAGACAGAAUCAUCAACUUUUGUCCAAGUUUCCAUGCGUUUUGGAGUUUGCCCUUUCAAGUUGCUGUCUCCCUAUAUUUACUACAUCAACAAGUUGGAUUGGCGUUUUUAGCUGGUCUGGCCUUCGCUAUUAUUUUGAUUCCUAUCAAUCGACAGUUAGCUAUUAAAAUUGGAGAUCUGAGUAGUAAAAUGAUGGAACAGAAAGACUCCAGAGUUAAGUUGAUGACAGAAAUAUUAAGUGGUAUCAGAGUUAUCAAGUUUUAUUCGUGGGAGAAGCAUUUCACCAGUCAAGUCAAUUCUAUCAGAGAUCAAGAAUUAAAGAAUUUAAAGUGUCAGAAAUAUUUAGAUGCUUUAUGUGUAUAUUUUUGGGCCACAACUCCUGUAUUGAUCUCAAUAUUAACAUUUACAACUUACUCUCUGUUGGGCCAUCAACUAACUGCUGCCAAAGUUUUUACAAGUUUAUCAUUAUUUAUUAUGUUAAUUGGACCUCUUAAUGCAUUCCCUUGGGUCAUAAAUGGUUUGAUGGAAUCCUGGGUAUCUUUAAAAAGAGUAGAAGAAUUCUUUAAAUUGAAGACAUUUGAUCCAAUUUCAUAUUUUUCUCAACAUUUAGAUAUAACAAGUUCCAUAAGAGUAGAUAAAGGAUCCUUUUCAUGGUUACCUAAAGAUUCAAAUAUUAUCUCAUCUAGUCAAAAUGGCAGAACCAAUCAAAUGCCAGGCUCAACCAAUGAAAAUCCAGCUGGAAGUGAAGACUCAACCAAUGAAAAUAGUUCAUCUUUAUUAAUGUUAUCAAAUAUAAAUCUUCACAUUAGAAAGGGUCAGUUUUUAGGAAUAAUUGGAAAAGUUGGCAGUGGUAAAAGUUCACUGUUAAAUGCUUUAUUGGCUGAAAUGGAGAAAGUUGGAGGUAGAAUUAGUAUUGAGAAAAGAGACCAUGGCUUCUCUUAUGCUUCUCAAGAACCAUGGAUACAGCAUGCUACAGUUAGAGAUAAUAUAUUAUUUGGUCAGAGAUAUCAAGUAGGGAAAUAUGAUGCUGUAAUACAUGCUUGUGCUUUAACUGAUGAUCUCAAGAUGUUACCUGCUGGUGAUAGAACUGAAGUAGGUGAAAAUGGUAUGACAUUAAGUGGAGGACAGAAAGCUAGAGUAGCAUUGGCUAGAGCUGUAUAUCAGGAUAAAGAAGUAUAUUUAUUAGAUGACCCACUAUCAGCUGUUGAUAGUCAUGUAGCUAACCAUCUAUAUUAUAAAUGUAUUAUGGGUAUGUUAAAAGAUAAAACCAGGAUACUGUGUACUCAUCAUGUUAAAUAUCUUAAAGAAGCUGAUAUAGUCAUACAGAUGGAAGAUGGUCAUAUUGUCAAAUCAGGGAGACCAUCUGAAGUUCUUCCUACUAUAAAAGAUAUAAUAAAAGAAGAUAGAGAGACAGAAGUAGGGAGGAAUGAAGAGGAAGGAGAAGAGAGAGGAUUGAUGAGUGAAGAAGAAAAAGAGAAAGGAGUAGUUAAACUACAUGUCUAUAAGUCAUAUUGGACAGCAGUAGGUAACUGUCUAGCACCAUGUAUACUCAUAGCUUUAUUUCUUAUGCAAGCAUCCAGAAAUAUCAAUGAUUGGUGGUUAUCAUACUGGGUAACACAUAGUCAUACCUCUACUAAUAACAAUCAUAAUACUUCCAAUUUAUAUAGUUUUGUACCGGAGUUACUUCAUUUCAAUCAUAAUAAUACCAGUAGUAUACCAGACUUGAAUAUAACACAAGCUACAGAUAAUGUUAAAUUCUAUCUUAUGAUAUAUGGUUGUCUAGCUGGAGCUAACUCUAUCUUCACACUCUUCCGAGCGUUUUUAUUUGCUUAUGGUGGUAUAGAGGCAGCUCAACUUUUACACAAAAAACUUCUGUCAUCCAUUCUUAAAGCACCAGUGUUAUUUUUUGAUACAACUCCAUUAGGAAGAAUAGUCAAUAGAUUCUCAUCUGAUAUAUAUUCUAUAGAUGAUUCCUUACCAUUUAUAUUAAAUAUAUUCCUAGCUCAAGCUUAUGGUAUCUUCGGUACUAUUAUUAUAACUUGUUAUGGUUUACCGUGGUUUGCUAUAAUACUAGUACCUUUAGGUCUUCUAUAUUAUAAAAUACAAAAAUAUUAUCGCCAGACAUCUAGAGAAUUAAAGAGAAUUUCCAGUGUCACAUUGUCACCUAUUUAUGCUCAUUUUACUGAAACUAUAACUGGUUUAACUACUAUAAGAGCUAUGAAAGCUUCAGAAAGAUUCCGCAGAGAAAAUUUGCAGAAAUUAGACUUAAAUCAAAGAGCCCAGUUUGCUAAUAAUACUGCUGCUAGGUGGUUAGAUUUUAGACUACAGAUGUUAGGUGUUGCCAUGGUAACUGGUGUUUCAUUUAUAGCUGUAUUAGAACACCAUUAUAGAUCUGUUAAUCCAGGUUUGGUUGGAUUAGCUAUAUCCUAUUCUCUAUCUAUAACUGGUUUAUUGGGUGGAGUAGUAAUGUCCUUCACUGAAACAGAGAAACAGUUAGUGAGUGUAGAGAGAGCUGAACAGUAUAUUAAUAAUGUACCACAUGAAUCUUGGACUGGACUUCUCUUUCCUCCAUCAUACUGGCCGAUUCAAGGUUCAGUAUUAUUUAGUCAUGUGACAAUGAGAUAUAGGGAAGACUUACCGAAUGCAUUAGAUGGUGUUACGUUUGAAACCGAGCCAGCAGAGAAUAUUGGUAUAGUUGGUCGAACUGGGUCUGGUAAAUCUAGUCUAUUUCUAGCCUUGUUUCGUAUGACUGAAAUUCAACAUGGUGAAAUAAUGAUAGAUGGAAUUAAUCUUCACCAUUUAGAUCUGAGAGAUGUUAGGUCUCGUUUAGCUGUGAUACCUCAAGAUCCAUUUUUAUUUAGUGGCAGUGUACGUGAAAAUUUAGAUCCUACACGGUGUUUUACUGAUAAUGCAAUCCAGACAGCUAUAAUUCGCUGUCAUUUAGAUACUGUGAUAACUAGAUUAGGAGGACUGAAUGCUGAGGUGUCUGAACAUGGUAGACGUCUAUCAGUUGGUCAGAGACAAUUACUGUGUCUAGCUAGAGCAUUAUUAACUAAAGCCAAGGUAUUGUGUAUAGAUGAAGCCACAGCUAGUGUCGAUCAGGAAACAGACUCAUUAAUCCAGGCUACAAUCCAAGAGGAAUUUCGUGACUCUACAGUAUUAACUAUAGCACAUCGUCUCAAUACUAUAAUGGAUAGUGAUCGUGUCUUGGUCAUGAGUGAAGGAAAAGUGGUCGAAUUUUCCUCCCCUCAAACUCUUUUACAAAACAAAGAUACUUUAUUUUAUCAAAUGGUGCAUGGAAAAAGUUAGUAUUUUGGAAUUGUGUUAAUCUCACUCAGGAUAUUUGGAAUUGUUUAUGUUUUUGUUAUGUAUUUGACCUUAUUGUUAUCUUAGAAAACUCUCUUAAAUUGACAUAGUUAUAUAAAUAUUUGCUUUCUCAACUGAUUGAGCUCAAUUCCACCUAUCUAUGUCACUUAUUAAAAUGAGAUAUCUGCUUUGAUUCAAGAAAGGAAAAAUGUAUUGGCACCUGUUAAAAGACUGAGAAUGAAAGAUGUUGUUAACAUUCUCAAAAUUUCUUUAAUUAUAGACUACACUUUGAUCACAGCAAACUCAGAAUUGAAUUUUCUGCCUUGUCACAAAUAUUCAAACUAAAAUUGUCAAGUGCAUGCCAUUGUUUUUGUGAAAAUGGUCCACUUUUCUGGCUGAAAAUUGACCUCUGUUUUAUCAUAUUUACAAAGUAAUUAUAUUUUCAGUAAUUUCCAUUUUAUCAACCUUAAAGGACAGAUUGGCCAUCAGUUUGAUCAAUUGUACCUUUUAUAUUUUCAUACAACCAUAUAACAACCAUAUAAAAAGGAAAUCAUUCUCAGAUAUUUGAAAUAGUUUUUUUCUAUUCUUUUCAAUUCAUGUUUAGAUACUAUUUUGUAGUUUUGAAUUAGAUUUUUCAAUUAAUGUUUAUGUUAUGCAAUUUUCUUUCCAUGUUCCGGUGAUAGUUUUAAUAAAUGAAUGAAUU